AUGGCUUCCCAGAGUCGUACUUUGCCCGUGCUGGUCGCCGCUGCCUGCUGCGCCGCCGUGCUGCGCAGCUUCUGGGCAGCGAGCCCGCCGACGUUCGUGGCACCGCAGCAGAGUGUCCACAUGGGCUGCCAGGCGCUGUCGAGCGGUGCUCUCGCCGCUGGGCAAGUGCCGGCCAUCGUGAACACCGUGCCAGCACGCCCAGGAGUCCCGGCACACUUCAAGGUGACUCUGGAGACGCCAGAUGGCGAGCAGUCCUUCGAAUGUCCGGAAGACGUGUACAUCCUGGAUCAGGCUGAGGAGGAAGGACUCGAGCUGCCUUACUCCUGCCGCGCCGGCUCUUGCUCCAGCUGCGCCGGCAAGGUCCUGUCGGGCGACAUCGACCAGAGUGACCAGGCCUUCCUGGACGAUGACCAGAUGGGCGAUGGCUUUUGCCUGACUUGCGUGACUUAUGCCACCUCCGAUGUGACAAUCAAGACCCACUGUGAGGAUGCUGAGGAGGAAGGACUCGAGCUGCCUUACUCCUGCCGCGCCGGCUCUUGCUCCAGCUGCGCCGGCAAGGUCCUGUCGGGCGACAUCGACCAGAGUGACCAGGCCUUCCUGGACGAUGACCAGAUGGGCGAUGGCUUUUGCCUGACUUGCGUGACUUAUGCCACCUCCGAUGUGACAAUCAAGACCCACUGUGAGGAUAGUCGUACUUUGCCCGUGCUGGUCGCCGCUGCCUGCUGCGCCGCCGUGCUGCGCAGCUUCUGGGCAGCGAGCCCGCCGACGUUCGUGGCACCGCAGCAGAGUGUCCACAUGGGCUGCCAGGCGCUGUCGAGCGGUGCUCUCGCCGCUGGGCAAGUGCCGGCCAUCGUGAACACCGUGCCAGCACGCCCAGGAGUCCCGGCACACUUCAAGGUGACUCUGGAGACGCCAGAUGGCGAGCAGUCCUUCGAAUGUCCGGAAGACGUGUACAUCCUGGAUCAGGCUGAGGAGGAAGGACUCGAGCUGCCUUACUCCUGCCGCGCCGGCUCUUGCUCCAGCUGCGCCGGCAAGGUCCUGUCGGGCGACAUCGACCAGAGUGACCAGGCCUUCCUGGACGAUGACCAGAUGGGCGAUGGCUUUUGCUUCUUUGCUUAG